UUUCAAACACGACAGUUUUUGUGAUCUUGUUUAAAAAUGUACAUUUGGCUUGUGAAAUUGCGGAACUAUACGCACUCAUACACCGGUACCGUAUGUAUCACAUAACAUUCUAUGUUUGCCCCGCAAUACAUUUACAAUCAGACGGUUCAUAUAGAUUCUUGAUUGGCAUUUUGUACAUUUUUAAGGAAGAUUGAGGCUAAUGUGAUAAUGUAUUUGCAUGAGAAAGGGAAGGCAGUUUGGAGAAGGCACGCCACUAGUGGGGGUAUUAUCCAUAACGUGGGUUUCUUGCUACUGAAAGCACUGACCUUUUGCUUAAGCUUUCUUCAAAAGUGUUUAAUCCUUCCGUCACCUCCUAACAAACUUGAUAACAUUACAAAAUAAUUACACUCUCGAUGAAAAACACCAAAUAAAGAGGACAAAAAUCAUAAGCUCUGUGAGGUGCCAAACAUGCCUCAUUGACUGGAAAGAAACAGCUUUAUUGGAAACUUUACUCUUGCAGACAAUUAAUGUCAUCUGACCAUAACUGACAGGAAUUCCUCUUCUUAAAUUCUCCUCCACCUGCUUCCUCUUCACUUUCAUGUUCUCUCUCUCUCUCUCUCAGUGAUUCUCAUUGUUGGAACAAGGGAAAGAAAUGGGGGUUUCAAGUUUUCUCUUGGGUUCAGUUCUUGUGCUGGUUUUCUCAGUGGUUCAUGGGGAUCCUCUUGUCCCUGCAUUAUGCAUAUUUGGGGACUCUGUUGUUGAUGCUGGAAACAAUAACAACCUUUAUACAGUGGUCAAGGCAAAUUUUCCUCCUUAUGGCAGAGACUUUGUUACUCACAAACCAACCGGAAGAUUCUGCAAUGGAAAGCUUGCCACAGAUUUCACUGCUGAGUUCCUUGGGUUCACUUCAUAUCCACCUGCCUACCUAAGCCAAGAAGCCAGAGGGAAGAACCUCUUGACUGGAGCCAACUUUGCCUCAGCUGCUUCUGGAUAUUAUGACAGGACAGCGGACUUAUAUCAUUCAAUUUCAUUGACACAGCAGUUGAACUAUUACAAGGAGUACCAAGCGAAAGUUGUAAAUAUGGUGGGAAGAGACAAAGCCAAUACCAUAUUCUCUGGUGCAAUCCACCUCCUGAGUGCAGGAAACAGUGAUUUCAUUCAGAACUACUACAUCAAUCCCUACCUCAACAGAGCCUACUCGACUGAUCAAUUCUCAGACAUCCUCAUAAGAUCAUACUCUGCUUUCAUUCAGAAUCUGUAUGGACUGGGAGCAAGGAGGAUUGGAGUAACAGGCCUAGCGCCAACUGGGUGUUUGCCUGCGGCCAUCACGCUGUUCGGCUCUGGAAGCAAUGAGUGCGUUGCAAGACUGAACCAAGACGCAAUUUUGUUCAACAAUAAGCUCAACAGCACAUCUCAAAGUCUGCAGAAUAAACUUCCUGGUCUCAAACUCGUGGUCUUUGAUAUUUACCAGCCUCUGUUAGAUAUGAUCACAAAGCCGGCUGAGAAUGGGUUUUUUGAGUCCAGAAAAGCUUGCUGCGGAACAGGCACACUAGAAACCUCCUUGCUUUGCAAUGCCAGGUCUCCAGGGACAUGCAACAAUGCUACAGGAUAUGUGUUUUGGGAUGGAUUCCACCCCUCUGAAGCCGCUAAUCAGGUCUUGGCUGGUGAUCUACUUUCACAGGGAUUCUCCCUCAUCUCUUGAAGCUAUUCCUAUUGCGAUUAUGACAGUUCACUACUACCGUACUCUUGUGAUCUUAUACGCAUUAUAUGUGGCUGUUAUGAGAAAUAUGUAGGUAGUCUCGUGGUUUUAGUUUGAGAGUUUGGCUUCCUAGAGGUGUGAGGCAUGUAAAACUCCCCAAGCCAUAGAUACAGCAAGGUUCCUUGAGGGGAAAAUUUUAC